AUGAAUUCACAUCACUUUGAAUCCUUCAGUGUUCGUUUCACUGGAAAAAAUUAUUCUUCUUGGGAGUUUCAAUUUCAGUUGUUUGUCACCGGCAAAGAACUAUGGGGCCAUAUAGAUGGAAGCGAUCCUGCUCCUACUGAUGCAACAAAGCUAGGUGAAUGGAAGAUUAAAGAUGCUCGGGUGAUGACAUGGAUUCUAGGGUCAAUUGACCCUCUUAUUGUUCUUAAUCUCAGGCCGUACAGGACAGCUAAGGCCAUGUGGGAUUACUUACAAAAGGUUUACAACCAAGAUAAUAGCGCAAGACGCUUUCAGUUGGAGUAUGAAAUUGCUAAUUACUCUCAAGGAGGUCUUUCUAUAUUGUCAAUGCCAAAAUACCUACUGAAUUCCUAUCAGUAA